GGUAUUCUGUAGUGUGAGUAACUUGUGCGCAGCCUACUUCAGAGAAGUUGAUAUUUCGAGAAUACAUCCUCUUGGCCACUGUAUCGUAAAGGAUGGGACUCUUUCUGAAAAUAUCGGUGGUUUUGGCACUUUUAUGCCUGCUAGGACACAAUGCCCAAGGCGCCCCAACCAAAGGGAGGUAUAUGUGGGUCAAAUGUAGACCCGACGGCAAAAACUCCAACUGCGAGCAGCAACAGGGGCCCUGGAUAGACCUGCCUGGGCCCAGCAAUCGCCUGCCCUCCUCAGCAGUCAAGGACCUACUGAAGAACAACCAGGAGCUGGACACCAAAUCCACCGAAGGUUCUGGUGCCAGCGAGGCAGAUAUAGGCUCAGGAGACCAGUGGAUGAGAGAUGGGCAACAGCUUGGCGUGUUUGGAGCUGAAGAAGGCAGCACACAGCUGGAGGAGGGCAGCACUGAGGUUGACUACACAGAAUAUGUCUUCCCGGAGAGAGUGAAGAAGGGCUUGAAUAAUGAGAUGCAGGAAGAACACCUGAUCCUGUAGUCUAUUACAGUUACAGGAAAAAAUGUAACCUGCCAACCUGCUGGAAAAACAUCAGCUUUAAUCUGAUAUGGUUUUUGUAGUAUGACAUUAAAGCAAGAUAUCCAACAACCUCUCUCAGGGUUAAAUACUUUUUAAAUGCCCCCGCUUUCCUGCUCUACUUCAGGUUAAAUACAAUAAAUUAUAUAUAUUGUUUAUAAUAAUUGUAUAUUUAUCAUACUGUUCUGCUCAGUCUAUAUAUUUUUACAUUAUUAUGAAAUGUAUGACCAUAUGCACAGACAAUUGUUGCAUAGACAAUUCAACUUCAAGUAUAUUGUAAAACAUCCUCACAUUAAAGUAUUAUUUACAAGAAAGAGAUGAUACUACAUAAAAAUGAUCACUUAAACAUGACUGAAAACACACACAUACACUUGUGUGGCCUGGGCAUAAAGGUUAUCCGGUGCCUAUUUGUGCAUUUAUUAACAAUAAUUAACAAGAACAUAAAUUAUUCAUAGGACAUGAGCAUGACUAAAAUUAUGUGUUAAUUACUAAUAUGGUGUGUUCAUUUCCUUCUUCUGUGUAAACUGUGCAUGCUUGUGGUCGAGAAAAUGGACCUUCCUGGAAUGAAUGCUUUUUGCCAUUCCUAUUUGUGGCUUCUGUCUUGUAAAGUUUGAUAAAGAUGACAUGCAGACACUCGCUGCACCCUUUUCUCUCUUCCUGUUGGUUUGGUAUGUGUAUUUUAUAAUAUUUAAGUAUCUUUGUGACUGUCACAAAGUGAGUCAGGACCCAUGCUUACAUGUGCACAAACUAUGAAACUGUCCUCAAAACGUGACCAGUUGACCAGCGCAUUCAGUUAAAUCUAUUAAGGAUUAUAUUAAAGAGUAAAGGAUUACGUGAAAAAUUAAAUAAAAACUUAUCUACUGUCUUGUCAGUAA